UUAAAACAAACUAGUUGUGUGGUUAGUACAACCUCCUCUUCUUCCGGCCUUUUCCAUAAUACAACAUGGCGGACACCAAGAAAAAGCCAAAGGUGCCCGAAUCCCUGUUGAAAAAACGAAAACAGUUCCAGGAACUGAAGGCCAAGCGGGCCAGAGCAGCAGUCGAUGCCAAAAAGAGUCUGAAGAAGAAGAGGGGUAUCAUCUUCCAGCGUGCAGAAAAAUAUGUAAAAGAAUAUCGUUCCAAGGAGCGUGAUUCUAUUCGCCUUCAACGCCAAGCUAGAAAAUGUGACAACUUUUAUGUUCCUGAUGAGCCAAGGCUUGCAUUUGUUAUCCGAAUCCGAGGUAUCAAUGGCGUCCAUCCCCGGCCCAGGAAGAUCAUGCAGCUACUUCGUCUCCGGCAGAUCAACAACGGAACAUUUGUGCGCCUCAACAAAGCCACUCUGCAGAUGCUGAAGGUCAUUGAACCCUACAUCACAUGGGGACCCACUAACCUGAAGAGUGUGCGUGAGCUCAUCUACAAGCGUGGCUACGGAAAGGUGAACGGCAGGAAGAUCCCUCUCACUGACAAUGCCGUCAUUGAAAAAGCACUUGGCAAGUACAACAUCAUCUGCAUGGAGGACUUGAUCCACGAGAUCCUCACAGUUGGACCUAACUUCAAGAUGGCUGCUAACUUCCUGUGGCCCUUCAAGCUGAACACUCCAAAUGGAGGCUGGAGAAGGAAGUACAAUCACUUCAAUGAUGGUGGUGAUUGUGGUUACCGUGACGACAAGAUCAAUGCUCUGCUGAGGAGAAUGAUCUAAAUACAUUGACAGUUGAUUCUUGGGACAACAAAGCUGCAGAAAUUAAAACAACUGUGAUGUAAACUA